AGAAAGAAGCAAAAAAAUUUGUGAUGGCAACAGAAAGAAACCAAUCUUUUAUCAGGGUUCUUCAGGGUGAUCGGUUCUCUUUCAAGUUGAAAAUCCCUAGCGCAUUUCUCCAGUGUUUUAAUGGCUCUGUACCUUCCCAGUGCUGUCUUCGAACCCGAGGUAAGGGUUGGAUUGUUUAUGUGGAGAAGGUUAAUAACAAGUUCUAUUUCCAACUGGGUUGGAAUGAUUUUGUGCAAGACAAUGGCUUAGUGUGUGGUGAACGUCUACUCUUCGAUUAUGCUGGAAACUCACAAUUCCAUGUGGAAGUAUUUGGAAUAAAUACCUGCAAAAAGCUGUGUGUGCCUGAGAUGGAAGAAGCUAAUGAACAUCAGGAUGAGAUAUCUCUUGAUAUCUUGGAUGACUUUCCACCUUGUCCAAGGAAAAUACAGGACAAAUCUUUGCUUUCAAGUCAUCUGCCUCACAAGAGAAACAAAACAAGUUCUAGUGGUAAAGCAGAUAUCACCCUCAGCUUCCCAAAAAGGUUUCCACAUCUUGAGAAGUCAGCAAUGAAAAAGAAAGAUGCACAUUGGUUCAAAUCAGAAAUGAUAAACAUUUCUGAUAAUGAUUCUUGUGAUCAUGAUGAGAAAGAGUAUGAGGAUGAUGUUCAUAAUGAGGAGGAUGAAGACGAAAAUGAAGAUGGAGAUGAAGAAGAAGAAGAAGAAGAAGAAGAAGAAGAAGAAGAAGAAGAAGAAGAAGAAGAAACUGAAGAUGAAGAGAUGGAGGAGGAAGAUGAUGAUUCUGUUGAAACCCACAACGAGUCUUCACGAUGCUCAAGAAAAGUGGGGAAAUUAGCAUCGAUUCUUCACCAGAGAAAGAGAAAAAGUUCUAAUGCGAAAGCAAAAACCAAAGUCAAUGCUGCUGGUGGUUUGUCUGGUGAGGAAAAGAUUCUAGGAGCUAUAGCUCUACAAAGAGCUAAUAUCUUCAAAUCUAAUUCUGUCGACCCUUGUUUCGUGGUUUCCUUGUCUGCCACAUAUGCUGGUGGAAGUUUUCUUGCUGUGCCAUGCAGUUUUGCCGAGAAACAUCUUAAGUAUCGGCAGCCUGGCCACAUCACCCUUAGGGUUGAGAAGAGAUUUUGGUAUGUCAAGGUCAAUUAUCUUAGAAAUAUAACAAGAUUACAGGCUGGCUGGACUAAAUUUGCACUUGACAAUAAUUUGAAGACUGGCGAUGCUUGUGUUUUUGUAUUGACCAAUGCCAUUGAAUUUGAAUAUGAUGUUGCAAUUUUCCACAUUACAGAUGCUGUUCGCACCUAG